AUGUCGUUCGGCUUCGUGAACCAGCGCGCUGCUCCGGGUGCUGGCGUAGGUGUCGGAGCUGCUGUGAUGCGUGGUCCCAUGGUCUCAAAGUUGAUCGACCAACUCGUUCUCGGCACGGAGUGGGGCGACCUCGACUACCUGGUCGUGGAUAUGCCUCCAGGAACGGGUGACAUUCAGAUGUCUCUAUCGCAGCAAAUGGCUAUCUCGGCUGCGGUCGUCGUAACAACCCCGCAGAAGCUCAGUUUUGUAGACGUAGAGAAAGGAAUCGCGAUGUUUGAAGACUUGAAGGUGAGAACAGCGGCUGUCGUGGAGAACAUGUCUUACUUCGACUGCUCCCAUGGACAUCGCCACUACCCAUUUGGCCCGGGACACACGCAGGAGCUGGUGGACAAGUACAACAUGAAGAACGUGUUCAAGCUUCCAAUCUCGGAGCAGUUUAGCUCAUCUGGCGAUUCUGGACGUCCUUUCGUUUUAUCGGGGCUAUCUCCGGAGCAAGAGAAGACUUACGACUCACUGGCGACCACAGUUGCAAAGGAGCUGGUGGUUCUGAAACACAAUGUGCGCCUGGCACCCGAGCUGCUCUACGAUAGCAACCGGGGCAUUGUCCUCCGUCUCUACAGCUUGAACGCGGCGAAAGAGGCGGUCCUCCACCCAGCUGAUCUCCGUGCAAAGUGCCGCUGCGCUCAAUGCAUUGACGAGUUCACCGGAGAACAGAUUUUGGACCCAGCUACGAUCCCGGACGACAUUCGCCCCACGGCUGUCGAACGGAAGGGCAACUAUGCGUUCGCUGUCACAUGGAGCGACGGCCACUCGUCGUCCCUCUACACGUACGAUGCGCUCACGGCGAUCAUCACGGAGUACACGUCCAACCCAGAUGAGCAGCACCAGCAGCAGCAGUAG